GGCGCGCCGGGCCGCAGGUGAAGCAGCCCGGGCCGCGGGCCUGCCCGGGGCGGGGCAGGCGGCGCAGCGCUGCGGGUUCGAGCCGGGCGUAGCGGGCUGCAUCCGGCUCGAGAGAGAGAACCUGCAAAGUGGUUUGGGAAAUGGCAGGGAGAAAAGUCCUGAUAGUCUAUGCACAUCAAGAGCCCAAGUCCUUGAAUGGAUCUUUGAAGAGGAUUGCUGUGGAAGAAUUGAGCGAGCAGGGCUGCAGUGUCACAGUGUCUGAUUUAUAUGCAAUGCAGUUCGAGCCAAGAGCAACAAGAAAUGAUAUUGUUGGUUGCUUGCACAACUCAGAAGAGUUCAAUUAUGGCGUGGAGGCAUGGGAAGCUUACAAGAGAGGAGGUUUGUCCAACGAUGUGACUGAAGAGCAGAAGAAGGUGCAGGAAGCAGACUUACUGAUUUUUCAGUUCCCCUUGUAUUGGUUCAGCAUGCCAGCAAUCAUGAAGGGCUGGAUGGACAGAGUCUUGGUCCAAGGAUUUGCUCAUGAUUUUCCACGCUGUUAUGAUUCUGGUUUGCUCAAGAACAAAUUAGCCCUGUUUUCUUUCACCACUGGAGGAAGCGAAGAGAUGUAUGCAAAAGGCAGUAUCAGUGGUGAUAUUCGCUAUCUCCUGUGGCCCAUGCAGCAUGGAAUCAUGCACUUCUGUGGUGUCAAAGUCCUUGCACCUCACAUCUGCUUCGCUCCAGAAUAUGUGUCUGAGGAGAAGAGGAAGGAGAUGCUGAUUGCCUGGGCCCAGCGCUUGAAGACUCUUUGGAAGGAAGAACCCAUCAACUGCUCUCCUGAGUGGUAUUUCAAGUAAUGUUGAAGUACAAGACUACAGAGAGAAGAUUUAUUGGGGUUUUUUCUCCAUCCUUUUUGGUACUUUAUCUCAGUAUCUGAACGCUAAUGUCCUAAUUCAAAUGUAUUGGAAGUAUCUUGAGUAUUACAGCUAGCAGUUUAACUGACAAUAUAGUGUUUAUCUUCAUUGAUUCCUGAGGGAUUCUCUUCAAUGAUGGGUGCAAAACUUUGUGAAGAAUUAUCCUUACUCGUGUAACAGUGACAUCCUGCCUGCAAGUGCUUGGUAACACAAGCGGUAUUUAAAUUGCAGAUUAUAUUGUUGCUGCUUAUGAAACAGUAAAGUACAUCGCUGAGUCAAGUUUAACAAUUUUUGUACCACCUGCCACUUUUUUUAUUUGCCAGAGAAUAUGCUGCCCACACUCAACCUUGUUAUGACCAAUCCUGUUCUUUUAGGUGAGAGCUCUACACUUGUGCCUUUGAGCUAUGAAGCUAGAUCAUGAGUAAUGCAAAAGCAUGUACAGUUGAACAGUGACAGGUGGAAAGCCUUGUGGACAGCCUUAGGCUUUUCCACAUACUUACAAAACAAUAUUAAAUCUAUGACACAUACUAGAAAAGGAAAAAGAAAAUAAAUAUCAUGUAGCAGUAUGUGCAUACAUUACCUUUCUUAUAGAAUGUAGCUCCCAUUUGUAAAGUAUGUAGAUUCCUAAAAUCAAAGGGAGUUCUCUAUUUGUGUUACCCUAAGUAGAGACAAAAAGGAAUCCUGUCUGUUCCCUACCUCUUCACACCAGUCAGUGUUGCUGUUUGGGUCUGGAGGGCUGGGUGCAUCCCCUCCAGCAUUAGUGUAGAUGGGCUUCCUUGGAGAUCUCCAGCACUGGCAGCUGGUGAGGCAGAACACCUACCUGAAAACCUGCAGGAUCUAGUGGGACAAAAUGACCGUCUGGCUCUUAACAUCUGUGAUUUUUACCUUGAAUUUUAGAGGGAUUAUUUUUGUGUUUUGGAGCUGUUAACCCUUUCUGUGCAUAUGGCAAGGCAUGGGUUUCUCUCUUAGCUACACAAUUUCUUGCUUUUAUCAGCUUACCUAAUAACUGGCUUUGCACUUCGAUAUUUAAAAAAUGCAGCCUGAAUAAGAAACAGUCUUCUGAGUCACUGUCAAAUGACAAUUAGGCCUCUGCAUACAUAGCAUGCAUCUGCCAUGCAUUCUUUCGAGCAGCCUUGUCACGACCCACCCUUAAGGUUCUUUAAGGGCUAUUUAGAUAAUAAACAUGCUGAGAUCAGACUCUGGGGUGGCAGUGUAAACUGACACACAAGACUGGGAAUUGCUACUGCAGGGAAAGCAUCACAUGUUCCUGUUAGUCACCAUAUGAAGGGCCACCUCUAGCAGAGAUGGACCCCUGGAAGCAGUGCAGCCCUAAGCUGUUGCAGAUGUCUGCUCGAAUGUGUAUGAGUCAAAGUCUUCAGGUUACACAAACAAGAAAUUUGCUUUGGCUCAAUAACUCUUGUAUAGGAAAAAGAAAGUGAAAGGGAAUAAAUGGAAAAUAUUAUACACGUAAGCUGUGGGGAAAACAGAUUCUUGCCUAAAAGACUUAAUGAAAACAACUUGUAAGUUGCCUGAAGAGAGACUGAAGGACAAAUGCAAAUAUUAAACUUGUGUAGAAGAGGAAUCAUC